AUUAAGAGACCUUUCACUUUUUCUUUCGGUUUGGUUUUCUUCAGUCAAUUAAUGAUCAAAUUAUGCCUUCAAGAGUUUUUCUUUACAACAGAGGAAGUCAGAAAAGCUACACUUUUUCAAUGGACGUUCAUCGAGAUCACAAACUUCCUUUUAAUUAUUACAAGCCUAAAGACGAAGGAAAAAGUACCAAAACCCAAACUUUUUAUGGUUCUUUAGUAGUUCAUCUCUUCACUGUUUUCUGUAAAGUGCAAAACUUUGCGUAACUCAAAGAACCCAACCUUUUGUGUAUUUUUCAUGUAGGUUAUAUUUUUUUUUUGUUGUCUCAAAAGCUGUCUCUGUUUCCCCUGCAACUAGUUCUUUUAUAUUGCAAUUGAAAACCGCUUGUUUAAGAUUUUUAAACACUGACAUAAUUUUCUUGGAUAAGUAAAUAAAUAUCUAGAUCCACAUAAUUUUCUUUAUUUUUGUUUUCCAUGUAUGACAUCCCGUAAUUAGUAAAAAAUCACCAAAUGGAAUAUAAAACAUUCCCUCUAGGAUUUGGAUGAUCUAGAUCUUAAAACGUUGCCGCCACCUAUGUUUCCUUUAUCGUUUUCUUUCUCCUCAUCAUUUAAUUGCUUUCUAAUUUGUCUCAGUUUUAAGUCAUCAGCAAUGAAGACAGAGUCGAAGAAGUUAUCCAAGUCUUCGUGGCCUAAAUUAGCCAUGAGGAAGUGGCUCAAUACGAAGAACGGUGCUGAGAAGUUUCAGUCAGACUACGAUGCAACAGCAACUGCGAUGGAAAGAAGAAAGAGUUUCUCAGACGAAGAUCGUUACGUCGCCGUACCGGAUGAUGAUUUCUCAGAGGGGAAGAGUGGAAUGAAAGGUUUGGUGCUUGGGAAGCAAUCAAGUCCUGAAAGUGGCACUGGAGCUAUGAACCUUAGGAUGUUCGUGGGAACGUGGAAUGUGGGAGGGAAAUCACCCAAGGAAGGUUUGAGUUUGAGGAAUUGGCUCACGUCUCCUUCCGACCCUCACAUCUAUGUAAUUGGGUUCCAAGAAAUCGUACCGCUAAAUGCUGGGAACGUACUUGGGCCGGAGGACAGUGGCCCAGCGGCGAAGUGGUUGGGCCUUAUGCAUGAAGCCUUGAACACCAACAACUAUGACGAUGAUGAGAACAAUGGUGACCACGACCUCAAGUGUAGGCAAAGUUUUUCAGAUUUUGUCCCUUUAGAUGGUGAGUUGGAUAAUGGAGAAAAGUUUCCUAAGACUCCACGACGCUAUUGCUUAGCAGCAAGCAAGCAAAUGGUUGGUAUUUUCUUGUGCGUGUGGGUUCGAGCGGAUCUUUGCACCCAUGUUUCCAAUUUGAAAGUGUCCUGUGUUGGCCGAGGCAUCAUGGGUUAUCUUGGAAAUAAGGGUUCAACAUCGAUUAGCAUGACAUUGUACAACACCACGUUCUGCUUCGUUUGCACCCACUUGGCUUCUGGGGAGAAAUUUGGUGACGAAUUGCGAAGAAACUUGGACGUCUCGGAAAUCUUGAAGAAAACCAAAUUUUCUCACUCCUUUAAAUCUCUUCCUCAUUCUCUCCCUCCUGAAAGUAUUUUGGAACACGAUAAUAUUAUUUGGCUUGGCGACUUGAAUUAUCGACUAGCUGCUGGCUAUGAGGACACACAUGAACUACUAAAGAAGAAUAAUUGGCAGGCAUUACUGGAGAAGGAUCAGCUAAGGAUAGAGCAGAGGGCUGGUCGAGUAUUCAAAGGUUGGAAUGAAGGGGACAUAUACUUUGCUCCUACUUACAAAUACAUGACCAAUUCUGAUCACUAUGUUGCCCAAUCUUCCAAAUCCAGGGAAAAACGACGAACUCCUGCUUGGUGCGAUCGAAUUCUUUGGAAAGGAGAAAGUCUGAAUCAGAUGUGGUAUGUUCGGGGAGAGUCCAAGUUCUCAGACCACAGGCCAGUUUAUUCACUAUUCUCUGUUGAAGUGGACUUGACGAGCAAAUAUCGAGUUCCCAGGUCCUGUACGUUAAAACCCUUGACAAGUACUGCGUUGUCAUCAACUAGUGCUGCUAAAGUCCAAGCAGAAGAGCAACUCUUCCUGCUAACGAGAGCUCAAAGUUGCAUCGACACAGUUCCCAGGUUUUAAGUCCGUAAGACACUAGGCAGAGGUAGUUUUCGGAUCGAUACCACCUUCAAGUGCAAACGCAGUCCAAGAUGGUGCACUUUGGUAUAUAUCCAUGUCUUUCGGGUAUUCAUUUUCGUGUACCCUAACAACCCCUGAUGUUUUUUGUGGGGAUUAGUUAAGAGGUUUGUGUUGGAACUAUGGCCAAACACCUCGACUUCUCGAGCGGCUAGGAUAGUUGUCAAUAUACUAUGAAUAACUCAGGAAAUUUUGAAGAAGAAAAUGUUGAUUGAUAAUAUUUGUAAAUUUUAAAUUGUAAUCAAAGCAAUACUUAUUACUAUUAUUAAUAUAUCGAUAUUUGAUAUUUUUUAAUACAAUGUUCAACUUGUAUUAUUUGUAUAGAACAAACAUUGAUGGUGUUUGUCACUAUGCACUGAGAAGGUUUUCUGCAUUUAUUAAAGGUGUUGUUUUUUUAUUGUUUGUACUUUUUAUUUUACUUUAUUAUUGUUGUUGCUUUCUCAUGAAUAUUCUUUAAUUAUUUGAAUCAAAUAUUAAUUUUGUUCGUAAAUACUAUUUACAGGAACCGGUUAUAUCCAAGAAAAUAAAGUCUACACUUCAUGAAAAGAAAAUCUUCAAAUGGAAAAACAUAAUAAAGAGUAAAGAUAUGAUAAUAAAAUAUUGAAAAGAAAAUGUAACCUUUUUUGGAGUUUAAAAAUAAUGAAAUUACUUUUUAUUACUCCUAUAAACUUAAAUCAGCAAGUGAAUUUUUCACUUUACUAAUGGUGUUCCUAUCCUUACUAGUCAUAGUUU